CCGUGGCCGCCUCCCUCACUCUUCACUCGCAUAGGCCGAGGCUAUGGCGGACUACUUGGGCCUUGCCCUGCUGUGCAAGGACAACGCAAAGCAGCUAUGGCUGGUCUAGCUCAGGCCGGCGAGGCCACCAUGCCUGAGUCUGCCUCGAAGCUUCUUGGUGUAGCUCUCCCCAGCUGGGGUCUCCCUGCUGCAGCGCCCACCAAGGUGAUGAAGAUGGCUGCCACCAUAGCCAGGUAUCACAUGAGGUCCACCAUAGCCAUCACCAGCCUUCUUCCUCCUUUCUCCAAGGCGGAGGCUAUGGAAGACUACCAGGGCAUUGCCCUGCUGUGCAAAGGACAACACAAAGCAGCUAUGGCUGCUCUUGUUCAGGCCGUCAUGCCUGACUCUGUCUCGAAGCUUCUUGGUGCAGCUGUACCCCAGCGGGGCCUUUCAGAUGCAGCGUCCACCAAGGUGAUGCAGAUGGCGUCCACCAUAGCCAGCUCGGCAUCGCAGCAUAGAGGCAGGCCUUCCACACCAGCACUUAGGUACCAGGAGGCCGCCUUCUCAGGCAUCCUGGAGGAGCAGCAUUUCGGAGGAGCGCUGCGCUAUUUCUGUUCAGAGCGCAGCGCUACAGCAGCAGCGCGAGACACGGCGAAGCAGCUCGGGGAGCGCAUCGACCAUGUCGUUAACCUGAUCGGCGAACUAGGUGACUUCACUAGUCCGGCCACAAUCAGCAGCACGGUGGCCGCCAUCAAGACGGAUAUCACCAAACUGCAGUCGAGACCGGACGCCGGUACAAAGGCAUACAAGAUGCCACGCUUCAACAUCGGCAAGUUUGACGACUACAACAGGACGGACGCUUUGACAUGGUGGCAAGGAUUCCUCACCGAAGCAUCCUGCCACACUGUACCGGCCGAAGACAUGAUGAAAGCGCUCUACCUCCAACUCAUUGGAGGAGCACAGGCAUGGAUGAACCAUACCGCGGCCAAUCUGAAAUGCACCAUUGCCCAACUGCACACGCACAUUCCGUGGAAGCAGUUCAAGAAAAUGUGGUUCACUCGAUUCAUGGUCCGCAACGUUGUUAAGGCGGCCAUGAACGACGUCUACUCCAGCUCACAAGGGAACAUGCCAACUCGAGACUGGACGAUCAAGUGGCAGAAGAUAGUAACCACUCCAGGCUUCGACUUGAGUUUCCUAAACCAACGAUCCGAGUUCUUUUCGCGAUUGUGCACAGAACUGCGGCCGGCACUCGACAACGAGUACAACUAUGCCUCAUUCCAGGCCAUUCUGGAUCGUGCGAACCUGGUCAUCCAAACGGAUGACAAGGCCGCUAACGAAUGACAGUCCCAACCGCACUAUGUGGCUAAGCACGGCUACCAACGACCGACACAUAACAAUGUCGUGAUUCCUGACGAAUCAAUCGAUCUCCACGCU